CCGCCGCUGCCGCCACCGCCGCCUCCACCAGGGAAGAGGAGAAGCGGGAGAGGAUCCCACGUCGCCUGUCACCCAGAUCCUCCAGCUGCGCCGCCCCGAAGAGUGUAAGAUGUUCGCCUGCGCCAAGCUCGCCUGCACCCCUGCUCUGAUCCGAGCUGGAUCCAGAGUCGCAUACAGACCAAUUUCUGUGUUGUCCCGACCAGAGGCCAGGACUGGAGAGGGCUCUACGGUAUUUAAUGGGGCCCAGAAUGGUGUGUCUCAACUUAUCCGAAGGGAGUUUCAGACCAGUGCAAUCAGCAGAGACAUUGAUACUGCUGCCAAAUUUACUGGUGCAGGUGCUGCAACAGUAGGAGUGGCUGGUUCUGGUGCUGGUAUUGGAACAGUUUUUGGCAGCUUCAUCAUUGGUUAUGCCAGAAACCCUUUGCUGAAGCAGCAGCUGUUCUCAUAUGCUAUCCUAGGAUUUGCCUUGUCUGGAGCUAUGGGUCUCUUUUGUAGUGUUGGUGUCAUGGAAAUGUACGUUAUUUCCAGAGUCAUUUCAUUAAAGAUGAAAACUUAA